AAAGAAAAUCAUUUCAAGAAAUGGAAUUGGAGAAACAUUUGGAGUUUUUGAGUUCUAUUCUCAGGUCUCACGCUCAAACUAAAGAUUUGAGCAGUUUAAAGCUACGUUGUGUUGAUGGAGAGCUGGAGUUGAAUAAAUUUAUUGUAGGAUUUAUUUUUCCAGCCUUGGAAAUAUCACUGGAGUUUAAUUUAUCAUUGUGUGAUUCUAUCCUGCUUCCUUCCCACACGGUUCAGGAGAUUCAUCAGCUUAUAAAUCAAUAUCUUCAGUUUACCUCUUCAAGUUCUGGGAAGUGCGAAGCCGCUGAACCCGAAAUCAAAUUAGAAGAGGGUGUUUUUCUCGUAGAAUCGGAAAUAGCAGAGUACUCUCCUGUGAGAACUAAGUUCCUAACCACGGAAGAAACAUAUCCCUGUACAAUAUGUGAUGAAGUGUUAGCUGAUGAGCAUGUUUUAAAAGAUCACAUGAAAACCUGUCGAUCGUACUCUUGCAAGAUUUGUGGACAGUCCUUUUCCAGAGACACUGCUUUAAUGAAACAUGUAAAAGCAGAACAUGUGGGGAAAGAAAAUAUUGAGUCUGGAAAAUCUACCAAACUCCGAGGAGAUAAAUCCGCAAAAGUUCACAGCUGUUCCUUUUGUAAUAAAUCAUUUCCGUCAAAGUACAAAUUAGAAAAGCAUUCCAAUUUGCACACAACCCCGUUUCCUUGUGAGCUUUGUGAUCAAAAGUUUUCAAAUUCUAUCAAACUGUCAAGACAUAUGAAUCACUCACAUGAACUAGAUGUUAAGAUUGAACUUGGGCACACUUGUGCAAUAUGUGAGAAAGAAUUUACCGCUACAAGUAUGCUGACAAAUCACAUGAGAACUCACACCAAGGAGAAACCGUUUAAAUGUAAUAUCUGUGGUAAAGAGUUCUCAAUAAAACAUAAUUUAAGAGUUCAUACAAGAAUUCAUGAUGGAAGCUCUAAAGUUUAUGCUUGCCGGUUCCCUCCUUGCAUAAGAAAGUUUUCGCAUACUUCCGAGAGAAAAGAUCAUGAAGGUUGUCAUACAGGAGAAAAGCCGUAUACUUGCCCUUACUGCGCUCAAAGGUGAACCCUACAAUUACCACAA